AUGGUCGCCGUGGACUACACGGCCUUCCUAAUGUGUGGCAAGGAUGCAUCCACCAUGAUGUCACUGCUUGGCUGGGCCCGAAGUUCCAAGGUUGUGUCUGUACGAUUACGUGACCAAGAGCCCCGAGACCCUGUUCAGAUCCUGGAUGAGAUUCUCGGCCUGUGUAAGUGUGCUUCAUGUGAGUGGCUGACAAGACCUGUGGAGUUUGGUGUGAUGCCGCAGCUCAAGGCAACCACUGACAAGCUUGUCAACGCUGUAGGCGUGCACAAGGAGUCGAUGAAGUUCUUGAAGGGUGGCUUCUGCGAGUUUGACCCGAGCCAGGCCAAGAAGCAGGAGGUGAACGAGAACGGCAUCACGGACCUGUACUUCAGCUACGAGGUGGAGUGGAAACAGAGCAGCAUCAGGUGGGCCUCCCGAUGGGACACCUACCUGGCUGUGACCAACGUCCAGGUCCACUGGUUCUCCAUCGUCAACUCGGUCGCCGUUGUCUUCUUCCUCUCGGGCAUGCUGACCAUGGUCAUUGUUCCGACACUUCGUAGGGACAUUGCACGCUACAAUAAGGAUGAAGAGUCGGAAGACGCGAUGGAGGAGACUGGCUGGAAACUGGUCCACGGUGAUGUGUUCCGUCCUUCGCAGUACCCCAAGCUCUUCGUUGCCGUGGUUGGCAGAGGGAUUCAGGUCUUCUUCUUGAUGUUUAUCACAAUCGUCUUCGCCGUGCUGGGGAUGCUGUCUCCAGCCUCUCGGGGAGCCCUCAUGACGGCUGCCAUCUUCCUCUAUGUCUUCAUGGGUUUGUUUGCCGGCUACUUCUCGGCCCGCUUGUACAAGACCUUGUGGAGGAAAGCAGCCUUCCUGGUUCCUUUUGCCACCAUGGUAGCGUUGCUGUGCCUCAGGUUCGGCAUCUCGGUGCCACUGGUGUUCCUUGGGUACUUCCUCGGGUACCGCAAGAAGCCCUACGAGCACCCCGUGCGCACUAACCAGAUCCUCCGGCAGGUGCCCGAGCAGCUCGUGAUCACCGAGUUCAUUCCGACUCUUCUGUACUUCGGCUACACGUGCAUCAUGGUGCUGACUUUCUGGCUUCUGACGGGAACCAUCGGUUUCCACGCCACGUACUUCCUCUGCAAGAUCUAUGCCGCCGUCAAAAUCGAGAGAGCUGCGCGGUUUACGUGCCUUGCCCGUCGCCAGUGCUGCGCGGCUGCAGCCACCGGUGGCAUCGUAACCUCAUUACCAUUCACGCGCAUCAACUUCUUCUGCCGUGCCCUAACGCUUGAAUCUGAAUGUUUGUACUGCGAGUUGCAAGGACAGAUGCGUCAUAAGCUAGGCACUUAG